ACAACAAAACUGCUGAUUUCAGCGCUUACAUCUCAAUGUUUGACAAGGCUGCAAACAAGGUGUACAAAGGUGCAGAACUGAUGCCAAACGGAAGCAUCACGAACCAACGGACAAUAACAGGAGAAGCCAGUCCUUCCAACCUUCACAACAACUCUCAAUGGCAGACAAUGCCAGGCAACGAGAAUGCUGAUGAGCCUAGAUACGUGAUUCUUGAUUAUAUCCACCAUAUUUUGCCGGCCGCAAAAAUAAUCAUCACCUUCAGAGAUCCGAUAGAUAGACUUUACUCGGAAUACUUCCACGAUUUUGGUAAUAUACAGAACCGCAACGACGUCGGCCCCGCGCACUUUCAUGAGGUUGUAACGGAAGGCAUCGAUCUUUACAGAAAAUGUUUUGAACGCCGCACUGUCCGCAGUUGUGUGUACGACCACUCACUUACCGACACCACGAAGAUACAGGUGCAACUUGGAAUUUAUUAUAUAUACUGGCAAGAACUGACGCGACUUUUCUCACGUGACAACAUCCUCGUGCUACAAAAUAAAGAUAUGAAGGACAAAGAAAGGACAAUGAAGAUGGUUUACAAUUUCCUUGGCCUCCGUGAGCUAACAGCCGUGGAAAUGCAGAGUGUUGUGAAAUCCCCGGAGCGAUACAUUCGAAAGGCCUCGUAUAAAGACAAGGGUCCUAUGUUGAAGGAGACACGUGAAUUGCUGACGUCAUUCUACCAACCUUUCAACGAAAAAAUGGCGGAAUUGACGGGAGAUUCUCAGUUUUUAUAUAUGGAUACUUCUUGAAUGACGAAGAUGCUUAUUGUGUUGGCUUUGAAACAUUGUUAAUCGAUGCAUAUUAUAAUGCGUUGAGCGGGAUACACCUACUCGUGGUUUUAUAAAAAAUAGUUCUUUAGAUUUUGACCAUAUCUCAGAUAACAUGUAUUUUAUUUUAUUUCCGCCACAGAUUGUUUCCGUUUAUUAGUUCGAUAGUGUUUCAUUUUAUGUUCCCAAGCAUGUUCAUACUUAGAUUUCAAUAAUGAAACCAGUGUUUUUUCCUCAUUUUGGGAAUGGGUGCGGGUCCCUUUGGAUUUGGAAAAAUUAGCGUCGUUUUGGCUUAAAUUGGGAAAUAAGUGUUGCUGCCUUUUUAUUAACAAAUGCUUAAACAUUGAGAAUAAAAUUGAUGUGAAUACAUUUACUAAGGUUUAACUUCCAGAGCUUGCUGUUAGAUGAACUCAAUGUUGAGAUUUAUUUAUAUGUUUUUUAACCUUUAAUUGGGAAUUUUCGGAUCCCAUUUGAAAAAAAAACAUAUACGUUUUUCCAUUGGAAACGGGGUCCCCUACAGGCAAAAAAUUUGAACGACAAAACACACACACUUCAAAUCAAUUAUUUAGACAGAAACUUUCA